AUGGCUUCACCUAAUGGUUUUUUUAACCUAUUUUCUGGCUGCUGGUGCUGUUACUUUGGGAAUUGGUUUCUUUGCUUUGGCAUCAGCUUUGUGGUUCCUGAUUUGCAAACGAAGAGAAAUAUUUCAAGAUUCCAAAUUUAAAACAAUUGAUGAGAGAUGCAGACAAAGACCAUCAAAGGCAAAGAUUAAAUCUCAUUCUCAGUGUGUUUUUAUUUCUCGAAAUUUUCAUACUGGAAAUUUCCAAUUACAGGAGGAGCAAAGAAAAAAGGAAACAGCACAUAUAAAAGCAAUUAAAGAUUAUUCUAAAGAUGAAUUCUGCCUUGCAACAAAAAAGGUCAUUUGUGACCCCUCAGAGACUAGCUCGGCAACAAAUCCCAGCAGUGUUACCUUAAGCUUAUCAACGUUACCAUCUGAUUCUUAUUACAGCCAAAGUAUAGAAGUAGCUGAUGACUGGUUUUCUGAUGACUCCCUAGUGAAAAAGAGCCCUCCAAUGCCUUUUCUCAGGGAGCCUGUAAUGGAGAAAGUAUUUUCAUACUUGUCAACCAUUCCAUUAGAAGAGAAUGUACUGGAAAUGUACUAAAUAUGACACUUUAUGAUGAUCAAAAAGAUGACAACAUUAAGGGAAUAUUUACACGAAGAAACACAGAGGUUGAAAUAAAAAACCUUCAACAUAAUAUUGAAUGACUUUUUUCUUUUGAAACUUUGUGUACACUGAAAUCAUGUAAAGUUAAAACUGAAUUACCAGCUUCUGAGUCUCUUAACAUG